AUGAACGAAGCUGUGGAACUUUUAAAAUAUCAUGCUACAAGUAUGGAUGGUUAUGAAUUUUUUAAUAAAAAUCCUAAUAGUAGUAUGCCUUUUUAUAACAAAAAACAUCAAAGCUAUAUAAAUAUUGAAAAAAUUCAUUUUAAAGUUGAUGAUCCCGAUGAUUAUAAUGAAGUAAUAAACAUGUUAUGGGAUCCCGAUUAUGCCAUUUUUUUCAAUACUGACUUUGUUAAAACUACCCGUGUGUACAAUCCAAAUUUAGUAAUGAUACAACAACGUUACAAAAAAAAAUUCGGACGCCGUCAGAGAUAUUUUUAUGCUUUAGCUACAAAGGUUGAAAUAUCAGAAAACAAAACUAUAGUAGUCAUGACUUCAGCAAAUAUAAAUGAUCACAAUCCUUCCAAUAAAAAAUAUAAAAACGAAAUUGUAAAAAGCGCAAAUUUAUUCAAAACUGACAUUGAUUCUGAAGAAGAUAUUAGAAAAGGAAAAUUAAAAAAAAACAUUGAAGGACAUAGCUACGGUUUCCUAAAUGUAUUAUUGGAAAAGUUUUAG